CUGUUUGGAAGGAGGAGGAGUCAUCUAGUCAUGGGUUCAUUGAUUCCCUGCCCAGCAGGAAUGUUUGCUUGGCACAGCCAAGCCGCACCUCCGAUGACUAACAGGCAGUGCUCUCUCUCUUUGAUAUACUAUCAGCUGGGUUUAUCGGAGUAUCAACACAACCUCCCCCUUCCAAGCCUCGCCUCUUCUGGCCAGCUCUCCCUGCAGAGCAGGCAGGGGCUGCAUGAGAGCUGAGCUCACCUCUUAUUCCAAGAAAUCUUAACAGCAGGUUUUAAGCUACUUAUUUACUUUUUUUGGUCUGUGCAGGAAGUCUGAGCUAAAAAAAAAAAAAAAAAAAAAAAGAGAGACAGACGUAUAAUUGCUCUGGCACGCCUGCAUUCCUACUUCAGGCUCUGACAGGCAGGGACUCUUUCUUGUUGGAGCCAGGAAGAGGAUCUGAUCCUAGAAGAUCAACACCACGAGCGUCCGUAAGUGAAACCUGCAGCCAUGCUGAAACAGAUAUUAUCAGACAUGUACAUUGAUCCGGAGCUGCUGGCAGAACUCAGCGAGGAGCAGAAGCAGAUCCUCUUCUUCAAGAUGAGGCAGGAACAGAUCAGACGGUGGGAGGAAAGAGAAGCUGCUGCAGACAAGAUUUCAGAAAAAAAACCCCCGCCAAGAAAAGCCAACGGGAAGUCAGUGACAUGGAAACUCGGUGCUGACAACGAUGUGUGGGUCUGGGUGAUGGGCGAGCAUCCUUCAGAUAAAUCCUAUSAAGCCAUCUGUGAAGAGAUCCAGGCACAAAGAGCAAAGCGCUUAGCGGAAGAGCRAGGCAAGGAGGGCAGAGAGAUUGACUCUUCUACAACAUCGUCUCUACACCCACAACCAGGACUUCUGGUUGAGACAGAUCUUCAUGGGAAUAAAAAAAACACUGUGGAGAAAAAGGAGGAAUAUGGGAGAAAAAUGAAUGAUAUUACGACAGGAAAAACCCAGGAGCUCACAAAGAGGGGAACCAGAGAUGUUCACCAGAUGCUGGCUGAUUGCUAUGUGAGGAAGCAUAGCUUCCAACAGAUGAAGGAAGCACAGAGGAGAAAUCCAGAAGAGAUCACAGCCCCCCCAAAGCCAAUAUCACAAAGCCACUCCAGCACUCCAGAGAGCCAGAGGAYGCUGCAGAAAUCGGAUGAAAAUGAGCCUGAAUGGCAGGAAUUCUUGCGUAAAUCCAAGGCAGCAGAUGAGAAGAGACGCUCCCUUGCACGGCAAGCCAGAGAYGACUACAGGAGGCUUUCACUGCAGGGCAUCCACAGAGGGAAACGGGCAGAUAUUUCCAAGGCUGCCACAGAAGGAAAUCGGCGACCACUCCAGUAUCCACCUCUCCCCCCAAAGCCUAAACUUCCACCUCCUCCAACAGCAAAUGGGAGAGUGAUUAGGAAAGAGGGAAUCCACAGGACAAUCUCCAAUUCCACUGAAGAAAGUAUCAAGUGGUUCAAAGAGGAGCAAUUCCCUCUCCGAGCUGGCUAUCUGAAAACCACAGACACAAUAGCACCUUGGUUCCAUGGUAUCCUAACCUCUAAGAAAGCAGAGGAGCUUCUKAAUAAAACAGUACCAGGGAGUUUUCUGAUCCGGGUCAGUGAGAAAAUCAAAGGCUAUGUGCUCUCAUAUCGGUCUGCGGAAGGAUGUAAACAUUUCCUCAUUGAUGCCUCCACUGAUUCCUACAGCUUCCUUGGAGUGGACCAGCUGCAACAUUCAACACUGGCAGACCUUGUAGACUACCACAAGGAGGAACCCAUCACUUCCCUGGGGAAGGAGCUGUUGCUUUACCCAUGUGGCCAAGAGGAUCAAGAGCCAGAUUACAUCUCUCUCUUUGAGUGAACCUCCCCACCUCGCUGGGCAGUCCCAGGCUUGUAUUCACAAAAAUUGAACUUGGAACUAGAGCUGCUGAUACAUACCUGAAACCAUAAGUGCCUCUGUUUUAUAUCCUUCACAACGAAGCAAUAGGAGGAUAAGAAACGUUUAUCGUAUCAACUGAGCUAAAGGAUGCAUCAGCCCAGCAAGCUGCAAAACACCUGGAUAUAUCUUGCACAAUGGAGUGAAUGAGUUGAAAAAGUAAUCAGUUAAACAGGGAGAUACUGCCAUGGAUUUUCAGUGGGUCUUUGCAGGUUUCUUGGGGGACUUCUGUAUUCAAGCUGCCUUUUGUUCUUGAAUGCAAGGUUGUGUGCCAUCUGGGAAAUAGAUUAGUACCUACAGUUGCAUGAGAUUAUACCUUCCUGAAGGCACAAAACGACUUGGGGAGGUGAAGCGAUCUUGAUAUGUAAUUUGCAUAAUGUGAAAUUUAAUUCUAUGAAAUGCUGUGUCCUUGGUAUGAAGGAUGUUCAAGCCAAACAUCCAAGCAAACCUUGAGUGCCUUUCAGUGAAAGCUGCUCUCUGUGACAAAAGAUUUCCAUGAGGAGUAUAUUUUUUAAACUCCUUUAGCCUCUGAAUAUAGAUCCUCACUCUUUUAACYAGUAUUUAACUGCCACACAGGCCUUUCUGCAUUGAGAGGGAUUAUCCUUUUCAAAGGGAAAGAAGGGACAGAGGCAUUUGUACGAAUGACUACCACAUGUAUASAGUCCAAAAAUGUAAGAAGGAGCACCUAUAUCAGUAUUAAUACAGUUUACAGAAGAGUUUUUGCCAGUAAAGAAUGAUAUUUUCCAAAAUGGAGCUAUUUAGUGCAAGUUGUGUCCCGAUUACUGAGAUGCAUCUGGUGUACACUUCAUCAUAGAAUUUUUCCUUCAACAUAAUGUUCUCCAUUCUUAUCUGUUACAAUGCUCUUUAAAUACAUCAUUCAGAAGRCUGGGGGAGAGGCUGCACAGAAUCAUGUAACAAGUUAGUCCUCAUCCAGGUUCCCUCAUGUUGUUGCACGUGCCAAACUCUGCAGCUGAGGGUUGUGGUGUGAAUCUGCAAACAUUAUUUGUUAGAGGCACGAUCCUCAAAUAGUGAACAAGAAUUGAUCUUGUUUCAGUUGUUUAYGUGUUUUUACUUGUUCCCUUUUUGCUGUUAAAGCAGGGCUACUCUGCUUAACUUGAAAAAGCAGUCAAAACUUUUAGUCUUAUAUUAAUUAGUUUUGCAGAAUAUGGAUUUAAAAGAAUUGUGGUCAUCUAGUCUUAAAAUUUACAGCUAUGCUGACAGGAGGUUUCCAUUCCAGGAAAGAGGGGAUAACUGCACUCCAGUUACAGCAGGUGUCACUUACUAGAAAUAAAGCCUUAAUGUAAACUGAGAUCCUUUAUGUAAUGACACUCUACCUCAAAUGGCUUAAUAGUCAUCUUGAGCAAUAUAUCACAUGCAUGAAAGAGAUAAUUUCAAUAUAACCUGCAUCAAUCAUAAGACAGGGUGUUAGAUUAUUUGUAAGGGAGGAAACAUCCCUCCUUCCUUCUUUAUGAAUGUCUUCUUUUAAAAAUAUGGUCAAAAUKAAAGUUCCCUCAAAAAAGCAUCUAUUUUCAUAUGAAGAAUAUGCCAUAGCUGAUAUCCUGCUGGAGACAAACUGUGAAAUGUUUUGCAGACCUAUGAGCUGGUAAAGACGAGGAAAAAGUAUCCUCUAAAAAGACAUUUUGAGAGGCAGUGUUAACUUGCAAAAUAAGAUACAGGCUGAUCUGGCAUGGACAUAGCAGGACUUAAUUUUAGCUCUAAGAUUUUUAGUAAAACUCCUCAGAGUCUGACCUGCUGACAAGUGGACCAGUAGAUUAAUUGCCUUUAUAUUAAGCUACUUAUCUGUAAAUGUUGUCUCAGUACAGCCCAGGGAAAACCACUAUCCCGAUUCACAUCUAUCCCACAUGUUUUAGUGUCAUGCUUCAGUUUUUCAAAGACUCAGUUUUCUGCUGUGAGGCAAGGAGCAUAAAGUUUUGUACCUACACAUUUAGAUUACUGCACUGACCUUGCUAGAACAGAUGCCCUCAAGACUAGCUCUUGUAUUGCUCCAAAAUCUUUUACCCUGAAAGUCUGUGGAGCAAGGACAUCUUGCAGCAUUUGGGAAACAAGGGUGAGGACAUGUCUUUGGGAGUUUUUCUGUMGAAUAUUUCUUUCUUCAAAGGAUGCUAUGCAAGGAUUACAAGAGUAGUCAACAAUUUGAAAAUUGCUUGCUGGAGAGAUCAUGAGUCCUGGAGUAUCAUGGAAAUUUAUUUUGCUUGAUGCCUUUAGCCACAGUAUGCUGCAGUCAUCAAAAAGUAAAGCAAAGAGACCCUGGAUGGCCUCAUCAUCUGCACAGAGCCAUCUCUAGUCCCUCCUCAACCAAGAUCCAACCAAUUGUCAUUCUGAGAAAGAUCCCAAGCUGGUUUGGGGACAAGGAAGGUAGWGACCCUCAUAACAAAAUCUACUGUUCUGUUGGCUCCUCUCUUUGGAUUUCAUCUUUUUCUAAUUGGGCUGGAAAACCUGUUAGAGCUCCAAUUGGCUCACAGAAUUGCAGGUAACAUGAGCUUCUCUUUCUCAUGCUGUUCUUCACAUUUCCUGUCAGUGCAGUCUCCGCCUCUAAGAAAGCUCUGCCAGUUCUCUGCUGUGAUUAGAUUGCCCUGCGCAUCACAGAUGUGGCCAGUGACUGUGGGCUGGAUGUCUCCAUCACUKAUACUGUCCCAGCUCUUGCCAAACCGGCUUUUGCAGCCAAGGAACAGAAGCUGCAUAGACAGUGUUAUUCCUGGCAAGAGGAAUAGCAUCAUCUUUGUGGAGAAGGACAGAGGAAAAGGACAGGACAAAAAUCACAAGCGUGCUAUUUAAAAACAUAAGUUGUGAAACUCUGACAGGAUCUGGAUGAUGUGCUUGCAAAGGUACCCCAAGUAAUGAAGUGUUGAAUUUACAACUGCCCAGUACUUAGAACUGGAGACUGAUAGAAGUUUAAAGGGRCCUCUGGAGAUUAUCUGGUCUAGUCCUGCUCUACAAGUGUGGCUCAGGAAAGACUGGAAAGAAACAUCAUGGAAAUAGUUAAGGCAAGGCUUGAGGUAGGCUAUGAUUACAAAACUUCCAUAGCAUACAAAACCCAGUUUUAAAUGAAGGUUAAGGGGACUAUGGGAACAACUUUUGCCUUGGAGGAGUUCAGUUAUCAAACUUUCAUAUGCACUCAACAAGCCACACCUGUCUCCUAUUGCAUAAUAUUUGUAAAAUUACUUCAUCAAAACAAAGCACUUUAUAAAUAAUUUAUCUUGUGUUCUGGGAACAAAAGAGUUCUUUGGAGGAUCUACUCAAGUGAUUGCUGAAGUUCCUAUGGUAAGUGAUGUAUUUUAGGAUUGAGGUUUUAAAGUAUACAGAGUUUCCACUCUUUUUGUACUUUUGCAGUGUUUUGGACACUUGGUGAUUUGCAGGGCAAGUGCAAUGCAGAUGAUUUGCGCCAACAAAAGACAAACACUUGUAAMUGUGUCCGAGGAAAAGGUACUUACAGCAUCAUAGUCUCUGCAGAUCCUGCAUGCAGUGCUUUCAAAAGAGGUUCAUUGUGCUCCUCCUACUGCACAGCACCACAACWAAGAGUGGUUCAUUCAUUGUUCAGUGCUACCUUUCAUAUUUCUUUCCCCASCUUUUACAAGCCAAGAAACAAAUUAGAAUCUGGUUCAGACUGUCUUGAAUUAAUCUUGAGCUAUAAAACAAAAAUACUGUUCAGAGGUACAGCAUUUAGGUAAGCAAAUGGGAUUUCUGAGCCCAUGCAGUUUUUGUUGGUUGGUAUAUAUUAAAAUGAUCAAUGGUUGUGAGCAUUAAAAGAAAAUGCCUUAUAAGAGCAGUAACUCAGACUUUCAACAGUUUUACGCAAUUGCAAAAAAAMCCCAAAC